AUAUUGUUUAAACUUCUUUCUGGUUUGGGGGUAUUUUUUUCUUGGGCAUAUUCAGAUUAAUCACAUACAAUGGAUUCAAUUGCUAAAGUUAAUUUUUAACUUUUUUGUCGGAGUAAAAAUAAUAAGUGCAACAUUUUACAAAUCUUUUUACAAUGUGUUAACUUUUGCAUAAUGAUUGCAUUUACUUAUUUUAUUAAAGAAGAGAUAAAAGGAGGAAAGAAAGCAUGUGUAAAACUGAAUCAGACCAUAGUCACCAAAGGCCUCUCUUACAAGGUCCCGGAGUGCCUUCAACUCCCAUUUAGGAGAAGGGCAUGGCAGCACCUUAUUAAGAUCUGGGACCUUCCAGUGGACAAGUGACUGGUCAUGUACUGGUGCCUAGGCUUCCUUCUUGUUUCCAUCUGCAAAACUUUUGUCUCCCAACUUUCUUAAUAUUUUUUCCAUAUAAACGACUGAGAUGUCAUCUGAUUGUGAAUGGCUGGGGAAGCGAUUUGUAAUCCUGAAUAGGAGAGGUGGUGGUCCAUGAGACAAUUUUUGUAUUAAAAUGUGGUCCAUACUAAGAAAAUAUUUGAAAAUUUGUGUCUUAACACACAGGAGUGGUUAUUUUAUGCAAUGUUUUUUGUAUCUGUGUUGAUCCCAGGAUGAUAGAGAGGCCAGGUUGGUGAGGUAAUAUCUUUUAUUGGUGUGUGAGACAAGCUUUUUAGCUUACACAGAGUUCUUCUUCAGCUCUGGGAAUCUUAAUCAGAGCGUCACAGCUAAAUACAAAGUGGAAUAGAUUGUUUAGCACAGUGAUUUUCAACCUGUGAUCCGUGGACCUCUGGGAGUCUGCAGACUAUAUCUAAGGGCUCUGCGAAAGGUUGUCCAUAGAACAGUGGUUUUCAACCUGUGGUCUGCAGACCUGCCUAGGUCCGCAGACUAUGUCUAAGAUUUUAAAGGGGUCCACACCUCCAUUCAACAUUUUGUAGGGGUCCGCAAAUGAAAAAACAUUGAAAACCAUUGGUUUAGCAUAAGUAAUAAACACAUAUUUCAAGGAACCAUUCAAGGUGAAGUGACCCAUAUUUUAUGGUAUUUGCUACUUAAGCUUCAUUAAGAAACAUUAUUCUGAAAGAGACAAAGUUAUCUUAAGUAUUAUGAAUCCUGUGCAUUAAUUAUGUUUAUAAAUACUCUAGGUUUGGCUGUUUUAUACUGGUUCAAGGCAAACUCACUCUUUUGUUACAAGAUGCAGCAUUUCACACAUCAACUGGAACUAUUUCCUGACUGUCGUGUGACUCUUGUUUUGUUUAACGAUGUCAAAAAUGCUGUUGCUCUAAGAAAAAAAGCAAUGGAAGGAUCUAUUGAUGGCGCAUUAAUAAAUCCUGCAAUGCUUCUGCACAUGGUUGGACUUCUGUGCCUAUCCACAGCCCCAUGGACUUCACUUGGACUUCAUACAAGUAUUGUUGAUCCAUUUCAGAUUCUUGUGGCAACAAACAAAGCAGUUCACCUACACAGGAUUGGUAAAAUGAAGACUAGAACUCUUAAUGCAGAAAUUAUUUUCAACCUUUCCCCAAACAACAAUAUUUCAGAUGCAUUGAAAAAGUUUGGUAUUUCAGACAAUGAUUCUGCAGUGCUCAUUGUUCUGAUUGAAGAUAAAGAAAAAACUGUAAAUCUGGAAAGCAUAAUAUCUCAAGUGGAAGGCCAGCAGGUUUCUCUAGCAGAACUCCACAAAAUAACAGACAUAGCCAAAGUUAAAAAGAUGUACAAACUUACUCCACAGGAAGAAAAAAUUGGCACCUUACUUGAUGGCAUCAUUUGCAGAAUGUCGACAAAAGAUAUUGCAUGAAAACAUUCAAAUAAAAGAAAAAAUCCACUUUAAAGCUACAGGAACAACUAUUGCAACCAUUCUUAUUAGUUUUGGACUCUGUCUCAAUACUAAAGUACUUUGCACUCCUUUAUUUUAUUUUGCUUGGAAGAGUCACUAAAACAUUCUGUGAAAGAAACUGACAGGACAUAAACCACUAAAGGAACACUGAAGCAAUAUUUUAUCUUAAGCUUCAUUCAACUUCAGAAAUGCGUCACAUAGUGCAGUACUGAGCAGAGUACAUAUUGCAACUUGUACAUAUUCUACCCAUUGUUUUAUUUACAAAUAUUUUUUAAAAUAAUUUUUCCCAAUAUCUUUUAACUGGUCAUAAACAUAAGGUUUCAAAAUCUAUUACUACUUUACCUUUGUUGUAAAGUGCUUUAAGAUAAUCAGAUAUGCCACUAAUGGUGCAAACUAUUUUUAUUAUCCCCAAGGCCUGCAAUGACUUGGUUUGCAUGAGCAUGGAGAAUAAAGGAUGAUACGGAGACAUUUUUAGCUGCUUAGUGUUUAUGUAUGUAUCAUACUUGUCUAACCAUCAUGCACUAGGAGAGCAUAUACAAACUGCCUCUUGUGAUUUCCGAGCACUCACAACUGUAUGUCAAAAACACAUAGAAAAUGGGUACCUGCCCCAAGGAGCUUACAAUCCAAAUGAGAGAUUUGACAAAUGAGGAUAACCUGUACACUAUGGAAGGGGGAGAGGUGAGGAAGGAACCAGGUCAUGGGGAUGUAUUUACAUUGCUAUUCUGUUAUGCACAUUUAGUUGGUUCAUAAACUACUUCAUGUAAAUGCACUCAUUUAUUUGUUGAUGAUAUUGCAGAAGUUAGUUUUUAGGAAGGAUUUGAAUGAGGUAAUUGUGGAGGCUUGAACAACUUUUUGGAAGACAUUCCAAGCAGAAGGGCUAACAAGGAAGAAGCCACAGAGAUGUUUGCAAGAGGAGAUGCAAGGGGUAUUGAGGCUGGUGUCAGUGAAAGGUCAGGAGCUGAUACAACCUGUCAUGGAAGGUUUUCUCUGCAGUCUAGCUAUACAGCUAUUGUGGCUCACCAUUUGAGAACUCAAAAUAGUCAGGAUAGACAUGGGUAAAUAUUUUUUUUUCCCUUCAGCUUGUAAUGAAAGAAGCAGAAGAAUGUAGAAGCAUGCAAAAAGAAAGUUGGAGGGUUCUUGCCUUCAAUAUAUCUGUAGCAAAACUAGAAUAGCAUGUAGUAAGAAAGCCAGAGGAUCUUCUACUAAUCCAUCUAAACUUCUAAGGGCGCCUGCAGUUUCACCCAUGACAUUCUGCUUGCUCUGCUUUUUUGAAUAAAUAAUUAUCUUCUUUCUA